UGGUCCCCAUGGUAACAGAACGCAUUUUCUUAUAUGCGCCAUUAGAAUCCCCAACGCAAACCAAAUACUUCGUUUGAAUAAGACGGGACUCGAGUCGGGCGCCAACUUGUCGCCUUCAGUUGUGCGGCGGUGUCAGCGACCAUGGCGGCUGCUCUCAGUGCCGUGUCCGACGUGGAAAUCGACCCCGAUGGCGCAUUUAAAUACAUUUUACUCCAAGUGAAAGUCAAAAACGGCGAAGAACACAAGGUUAUAGUGAGAGGCACGAAGAACGCCGAGUACCACAAUCACAUAUUUGAAAAAGUCAACCCAGAGAUGGAGAGUUUAGGACUGGAGUGCACAUGUCUGGGAGGUGGCAAGAUUGAACACAACAGCAAAGAAAAAAAACUGAGAGUGUUUGGGGCCUCGACUGGCUAUGGCAAAGCAGAUCAUUCUGUAACAGCUGAGAAGCUGAAACAAACCUUUGAAGACUAUGAGGUCACCUGGUCCGAUGAUAAGAAGUAAACUGUAAAUGUU